AUUUUCUUCAAACGCAUAGCUCUGUGAGAUUUACUGCAUGCGAUUGGCUGUCUCAAGAUCUUCCAGUAUAUAAAUGGCAUCCAUGUUAGAGAUGAAAUAGAUUUCUUUCCGUUCCUUGAGAAGACACAUCUUCUAAGUUUCUCUCUGCACAAGGAAACAAGGAAUAAUCAUUAUGAAGCUCUUGGUGUUUAUGAUGUGCCUGCUGGUCAUUACCUUGGCUGCUCCUGUUCCUGACAGUGAAAGCAAUGAGGAAAAAGUUGCAGCACAUGCUAAUGAGGCCCUGAGGUGGAUGGAGAUGUACAGGCUUUACCAGCAGCAGGGAGUAGUUGGAAACCCCUUCGUGCCUGCUGCUGAUGCUCCUGCAGAUCCAGCUGUGGCAGCGGUGGUGGAUGCUGCACCAGACCAGCCAGCAGAUGUCGCCCCUCCAGCUCCCGUGGCUGCUGGAGACGCAUCAGAGGAGGAGACAGAGUUUAUUUCCUUGUCACAGGAUGACAAUACUGCCCCCAAAGCGGCAACACCUGGUGCUCCUGCUUCCCCCCUAAACUCUGAUGAAGAAGAAGAGGCAGAGGAGGCGGAAGCAGCUGAGGCGGAAGCAGCAGAGCUGGCAGCUGUGGUUGAGCCAGCCGAUGCUGCACCAGCCGAUGCUGCACCAGCCGAUGCUGCACCAGCCGAUUAUGCACCAGCCGAUUAUGCACCAGCCGAUGCUGCACCAGCCGAUGCUGCACCAGCCGAUGCUGCACCAGUUGAUGCUGCACCAGUUGAUGCUGCACCAGUUGAUGCUGCAGUUGUGGAUGUGCCUCCUGUUGAUGUGGUUCCUGUUGAUGUGGUUCCUGUUGAUGUUGCUACUGCAGCUCCUGAGGUGGCUGUUGAUGGGGUGCCCCCUGCCGCAGCCGAUGCUGCUCCUGAUGCCGGUGCUGACCCACUGGCAGCUGAGAUUAACACAAUUGGCGUGGCAGCGGAUCCUGCUGCAGUGUAGUUGUAUUCCUCUUAUUCCCAGCCUAAGUGCUUUCUACAAGCAACGGGAUGUGUGUGCAGUUCAAGAAGCUGUGGCAUGUUGAAUUGAGGUUGAAGAAAAACUAGUCAAGUGUGUUUUUAUUUCAGAAUUGGACGAUUACUUUUUUUGUUGUGUUCUUAUUCCUGUCUUUAAUUAAAAGACUGUAAUUCUGUACUUCAAAUUCAGUUUGUUUGUUCAAUUUGUCAUGAGUGUGUGCAAGAUAAAAAUGUAUGUCUUUCAGGGACUUCGUAAUAGCCUUUUACACAGAAGACCUUUUGACUAGUCACAGUAGGAAAAGCACGUCUACACUAACAAUUACAUUCAGUGUGGUUGUGCCCUCUUCAGGUGUCCCAGUGCACAAUACCUGGACCCUGAAACUGAAGUGUUAGCUAAAUGGAAUUAAGCCAUCAGUCAUUUUAUUACUCACACCUCUGCUUUUUCUACUUUGACAUGGUAUGUCUGUGGUGAGAAAGGCCUGUACUAU